AUGGUAGCAGAAACGAAACUCUACGAUGUCCUGGGCAUUAAGGCGGAUGCCACCCAGGACCAGAUCAAGAAGGCGUACCAUAAAUCGGCCCUUAAAUACCACCCCGAUAAAAACGCAGACAAACCAGAUGCUAGCGAGAAGUUCAAGGAAGUCAGUCAAGCCUACGAAGUUCUCCAAGACCCCUCGAAGCGGAAAAUAUACGAUCAAUACGGCCUAGAAUACCUGCUCCGGGGCGGCCCACCACCGCCCGAGCCGGGUGCGGGGGGUAACCCAUACGCAGGUGCUACGGGUGGAGGGGGUGGAAUGCCAGCGGGAUUCAACUUCGGAUCAGCAGGCGGUAUGCCAUCGGGCGGCGGACCACAAGGCUUCCACUAUGAGUUCAGCCCGAGCGGCGGCGGCAGCGGAGGUGGAUUCAGCUUCAGCAACCCGGACUCGAUAUUCUCGGAGUUCUUGCGGGGCCAAGGGGGGAUGGGGGGAUCGUCGGGCUUCGAGGAUAUUUUUUCGGAUAUACCCAGAUCCCGCGCUUCGGGUGGACGGUCACGGGCUUCUAACUUUGGUGCGGCGGAGGCUGCGUCGGCGAGACCCAGAACACCGACUAUGGAGGUCACGACGGUGGAGAGGCCGCUGCCGUUGACGCUCGAGGAGUUGUAUAAGGGGGCGCAUAAGAAGAUGAAGAUUAAGCGGAAGGCGUUUGACGAGGUAACGGGGAAGCGAACUACGCAGGAUAAGGUGUUGGAGAUGGAUAUCAAGCCUGGAUUGAAGAAAGGCAGCAAGAUUAAGUUUAAAGGUGUGGGUGAUCAAGAAGAAGGCGGGCAGCAGGAUUUGCAUUUCCUGAUUGAAGAGAAAAAACAUCCUCUCUACACACGUGAAGGCGACGACUUGCACUUCAAGGUCGAUUUAGACCUAAAGGAAGCUCUGACCGGCUGGAAGCGAACAGUCACCACUAUUGACGGCCGGCAAAUCAACAUCGAAAAGGGCGGCCCGACGCAACCGGGAAGUAGUGACACGUAUCCUAACCUGGGUAUGCCGCUCAGCAAGAAGCCAGAUCAGAGGGGUAACUUUGUUGUCACGUAUAAUGUCAAGUUCCCUACCUUCCUGAGUCAGGAGCAGAAGAAGAAGUUGAAGGAGAUUUUGUGA